AUGAACGACGUUUCAACUAACGGCAGUUAUCAGAAAGAUCCAUUAUGUUUAAGUGUAGAAGAAAUCGCCAGAGAUUUUAUCGAAAAUCUCUUGGAGUCGGCGGUCGAGGAAAUUAGAAGACAGGGUGUCAACGUAGACUUUCGGAAGCACAUUGUGACACCAAAAUGCUUGGUACAGUGGCCGUCCGUCAGCGACUUCACUCCCGAUAUCGGCUUGCAGAAAGUCGACGAAUACAUUCGGAGCUGGCCGAAGAACGCUGAGAUGAUGUACUGCAUCGACUACACGGGCUGCAGGAGAGACUCGCGAAGCGAUUUUCACUUUUAUGAGGGUGUUUUCUGCAUCUAUAUUGUUCUCAAUUUGGCUCCUCACUCCGCCGCCGCUGCCCCCACUUUCUGGCGACCCCCACCCCCACUUUUCCCGAUAGUGAAGUGGAGUGUACCUAACAUGAUGUAUCCUGUACCACCAGCAGUGGCCAGUGUUUUUUUCACAAUGGAACUUUCCAGAAUUAAGCCUCUGGACUGCCCAGUGACAGUUACAUAUAUAUUUGAAGGAUCAAAAUUAAAGCAUUCUCCAGGUGACACACCAUUUCCACUGAAAUGGGUGUGGGACAUUAUAUGGAAUAAAGUUCAGCUUUUCAAAACGUUGUCAUUUUAG